UUUUUUAUUUAUUUCUUUAUUUUUAUUAUUUUUUAUUAUUAUUAUUUAAUAUCCCAACCAACCUACGUGCGCAAUUUCCCCCACGGGAAGCAUCCAGGAAAGCGGGCGAGCCUUCCUAUCCCCACCAGUGCCGCAACCUGCGCGAAGAGUCCGGGAAAACGAAUAACCUCAACAUACUCCGCCCCCCCUUACCGGGUGCAAUAACAACCUACGCACUCGUAGUAAAGGCGCGCUACCCUAGACCAGAAGCGAAGUCCGAAACCUAGACUUGGCCUCGGGGGGCGGGGUUGGGGAGGCAGGUGGGAAAUAGCAAUCCCGUGCCCGCCACAACUCUGCGCUAAGUAUGCUGGGAGACGGCACGCUAAUAUAACACAAUAUUGACGCAAUAAUGAGCCUACUGAGCAUAACAAGUGUCACUUAUCCGACCUAUAGGUUAAUAUAGGUUUGCAAAGUCAACUUCUACAACUUAUCGAUGAUGGCGUUUCGAAGGCUUGGUGCUGGGAGAGGAGGAGCGCGCUCUGUUUGGUUUGCGUCCCUGGCUAGCACACUCCACUUGUGGGUGAGGUCCGGAACAGGUCGCGCAGCGGUGGGAAAACUGACAGACAGGAAACGUCGGUGAAGUGCACUUCCCACGAUUCCACGAGUAACAUAUCCCGUCAGCAGAUGAGGAUGCCCGGGGCGAUGCACGUGCCGUCUUAUUACCCGGUCUCCGCGUUGGGCUUGGUCCCCGAGAAUGACUUUGGACUAGAACACACUUAAAGAAUGUCGAUCACCCACUACUUUGUUAUUGUUCACAUCGAAAAUAUAACGGUUUAUUUGCGAGAAAACUUCAAAAUAAUAAUUUGCGAAUGAAGUCUGAUAUGAUAUUGACGAUAUUUUAUUAAAAAUUUCUUGGUUACUUUCUUGAAUUAGCCGAUGGAAAUGGAUGCUUUGUGUGACCCGCCAUAGAAUUGGUCAAAGUUUCACUUGAUACAAAAUAAAAUAGAGAACUUCUAGCUUUGCCCCGCUGUGUUUCUACCUAAAUCACGAGGUAUUUUAGUUAUUUUAGACUGCUCAAGGUAUGGCAACUUCAUACCAGGGGUCUACUAUAAAUUCGGGGAUUUUAAAUAGAUUUUAAUUAAUUUUCUCAAUAGUUUCACGUGUUUGAUAAAAAUGCAACAUAGUACAGUGAAUGUAUCAAACAUUAAGUGCUUAUAAAAAAUAGGGGAAAGAGAGAGAGGAUGGGCUUAAAUGUGUAGAUGCUCCCACAAACUUGAACAACCUAGUAUUCUAGGUGCAAGUUUACUUGUGUGGCCACAGUCAUUGUACUCAACUGGACACUUAAAUAUUUUUUUGCUUCAAUAGUUUUUAUCCUACUGAUACCCCAAAAAUGUAGUUUAUUUCAUAAUUUAAUUCUUAAUUAUUAAAGCUUUGACUAUAGAUUUUUAAGUGUGACAGUAUUUAAAAUUAGGCAUUUUGCAUAAUAAUUAGGUAAACUGAUACCUCCAAUUUUAGUUAUGACCCUAACUGUGAGCGAUACCAUAAAAUGGUGGCGUGAUUAGCCUUCUUUAAGAUUGCCCGGGGCAGUGUUAUCCGCGAGUAUGAGAUAUUAUUUAUACUACAUAACUUGACAUCACACAUUGCCAAGGAUCGUCAAUUAAGACGAAAUAUUUUACUUUUGUCUUUGCGCCAAAGGUUUGCCAGCUCCUUUUAAUUUUUGGCUUGCUCUAGUGUUUGUGUGUGUAUAGGUGCAGCAGAGGAAUUUUACAAUUAUCAGAUAUCGCAAAUAAUUGCUUCUUAUUUCAGUCUGAUGGUCAGGAAAUGUUUAAUCAAUGAAUGAUAAGAAAGUUUAUUAGCAGGUGUGGACACGGAGAAAAUGAAAACAAAUAAGAAAACGUGUAUAUUUUUAUCCUUUAGCGGUGCGCUUACUAUCAACGCGUGGAACCACGUGAUCAUCAGGUGGGACAGGAAAGAAAAGAGAAUGACUAUUUUCAUCAACGGGACAGAGGAUAAAAGCAUUGUGAGCAGCUUGUCAAACGUGGACUUGACAUGGAACGAGCAUCCGCGUUACGAGAUCGGCAGAAUAAAAGACACGAAGACGCUCUUCUUGCGGGCGCAUUUGAACAACUUGGUGAUAUUCCACAUGAGCUUAAAGGAUAACGAGAUUAAGUGGCUAUUUGACUCAGGUGCAGAUUACAAGGCUAUUCAUGGUGCCUGGAUCGGGAUGGAACACAUAGCGGAAGGUGAUGACUUAGUGUGGAGUGAUGGAGCCCCGGUACUUUACCACAAGCAGUUUGGUUAUAGUUCUCUUUAUCAGUGUGUAACUCUAGGGAGCAAAGGGCAAAGUUAUGGUGGCUGGUAUUUAAAUAAGUGUAAAAUGAAGAUGCCAUUCAUUUGUAAAAGGUCUCUGACUUAGCACACACCCAACUCGCCCGCGAGGGUCAGACGUCUCUGUAAAGUUCACUGGUAAUUUCGAACGCUACCCGUUGAAUAGAUUGUUUAGAAUGCCCGAACAAAAAACCGUCGUAGGAUUAAAUUUUAUAUUCAAUAAUCAUUACUAGUUCAGGUUUAGAUAUUUAUACUGAUUUUCUGUAAUCUUUAGACAUGACGAAAAAACAUGACUUAACGCUUCAAAUAAGCUCAUUUCAGAUCUAAUAAGGCGGAAAAUUUCUCUUAGAGUAAUAGCAAACAAAAUAUCCAAUGCGACUUUUUUUUAAAUUGAUUCGACUUUUUGUAAAGUGUCAUUGAAAUUUGAGCCUUUCGUCGCUAAGCUCAUACAUAGCGAAAGGAUGAUCAAGGAAAAAAAUAUCUUAAAGCAAAAAACUGGGUAUGUGCAUUUCGGCCUCACGUUAUUUGUGUUUCAAAAAUCAGUCCGGAAUACAAGGAACCGAAUGCCAUUGUAAGAAAUUGUGUCUUCUUUCUCUAUCUCGAGUUGCGAAUUUUCCAGGUUUUUUCGUCAUGUCUAAUCUUUAACAAAUUCCAUACAAUUUAGAUUUUAUUUUUGUUUCCCCUUUGAACUCAAUUAUAUUGUACAAUUAUACUGUAUCCAAUAUGUACUAAUACUAAUACUAACACUAACACUAACACCAACACCAACACCAACACCAACACCAACACCAACACCAACACCAACACCAACACCAACACCAACACCAACACCAACACUAACACAGAUACAGACACAGACACCGACACCGGUGAUACUAAUAAUAAUAGCGUUUAUUCAAACCUAUUACAGUUACGAUUUAAUUAAAGGUUGAUUACAUACAUAAAUAUUGAGAUGAUAAUAUUUUAUCAAAUAAUCAUAACUAGCUCAGGUUAGAUAUUUAUACUGAUUUUCUGUAAUCUCUAAUAAAUUCCAUACAAUUUA